GGCAAUUUUUCACACACAGCUUACACAAAUCAUCAAAAUGAAAGCGGAAAGCUUGUCAAUCUUAAUCUUAGCAAUCUCUGCUUCUCUCUUCAUUUCAGCAAUUGGAGAUCCAUUGUACAGAGGAAGAUGGAAGUUGUUGAAGAGAAGCAUUGGGAUUUCCUCAAUGCACAUGCAAUUGGUACCCAACGAUAAGAUAAUUACCUUCGAUAGAACAGAUUUUGGACCAUCCAAUCUUUCUCUACCAGAAGGGAAAUGCAUUAGCGAGUCACAAAACAAUGAUUGCUUUGCCCAUUCUGUUGAGUUUGAUCCCCUCAACCGAAAUGUUCGACCACUCACUAUACUCACCGACACAUGGUGCUCUUCAGGAUCAUUGUCUCCGGACGGUACAUUAAUGCAGAGCGGUGGAUAUGGACUUGGGGAAAGGGUAGUUAGGACGUUUAAGCCGUGUGCUGACUGCGACUGGGUGGAGGAUCCAAAUGGUCUAAUUUCACCUCGAUGGUAUGCUUCAAAUCAAGUUUUACCAGAUGGGAAAAUUAUUGUUGUUGGAGGGAGAUAUCAGUUUAAUUAUGAAUUUAUCCCUAAAAGCUCUAUUAAUGAUCAAAAACUUUACCAGCUUCCAUUUCUGAAAGAAACUAGAUAUUCUCCUUUGAUUCCAAAUAAUUUGUACCCUUUCUUACAUCUCUCUCCUGAUGGAAAUCUCUUCAUUUUUGCCAAUGACAGAGCAAUUUUACUAGAUUAUGUCAAUAACAAAGUAGUCAAAAACUACCCUGUAAUGCCUGGAGGCAUUUCGCGCAACUAUCCAAGCACUGGCUCUUCAGUUCUGCUUCCUUUGGUACUCCAUAACAAUUUUAGCAGCAGCCCAAAUGCAGAAGUUGUUAUCUGCGGAGGUACAUUGCCAGAUUCAAAUGAGCAGACCAAUGCAGGGAUUUAUAUUGCUGCUUCAAAAUCCUGCGGUCGGAUAGCGAUAAACAAAGAGAAUCCCGUUUGGGAAAUGGAGGAAAUGCCUGUUAGAAGAGUAAUGGGUGACAUGAUAAUGUUACCAACAGGCGAUGUGCUUAUCAUUAACGGUGCUGCUAAUGGAACCGCCGGCUGGAAUGCUGCAAGAGAACCUGUUCUAAAUCCUGUGCUUUACAGACCCAAUAUUCCUACAAAUAGGUUUGAGCUAAUGAGUCCAUCUCCAAUUCCACGUCUCUAUCAUUCUGCUGCUCAUUUGCUGUCAGAUGGUCGUGUUUUGGUCGGAGGCAGUAAUCCUAAUAGAAAUUACAAUUUCACUGCAAUUUAUCCAACAGAGUUAAGCCUGGAAGCAUUUUAUCCUCCAUAUCUCAGCCCAAAUACUUCCAGGCCAGCAAUUACUGAGAUAAAUCCAGAGGCAAAUCUUAGAUACAAGCAGAAAUUUACUAUGGGUUUUGAGUCAAAGACUGAAAAGAUGGUUAAUUUACAGAAAAUUUAUGUGACGAUGGUGGCUCCAUCCUUCACUACCCAUUCUUUUGCUAUGAACCAGAGGUUGUUGGUUCUGGCUUUGGACAAUAAUGGUGUACAGAAGGUGGGCACCGGAAAAUAUUCUGUUCAGGUGAAUACUCCGGUAACCGGCGCACUAGCACCACCGGGAUACUAUCAGUUGUUUGUGGUCCAUGAAGGUGUUCCAAGUAGAGGCAUGUGGGUCCAUAUCAAGUAGGGGGGUAGUUGAUUGCCUUGAAUUUAGAAUUUAUGAGUAUGGUGUUGAUAAUUUGAUUUCAUGCAUGAGAUUCCUGUAAUGGUCUCUUACUUAUGAACAUGAAUAUUGAAUUGUUAAUGACAAGCUACAGUUGAAAUGUGAAAUGGAUUUGACAGAUUAUUUC